CACAAAGCCACAGAAGCAUUCCUUGAGCCUCCUCAGCCCUGGGCAGCUGGAGGGUACACAGCCCUACAGUUUGCCCAGUCCAUGGACGCAGGAGCAGGUCAGCAACUGGAAAUGAGAUUACGCCUCAUGUCAGUAGAAAUGGACAGCAGCAGUUUUAUUCAGUUUGAUGUGCCCGAGUAUAGCAGCACCGUUCUGAGCCAACUCAAUGAACUCCGCCUGCAAGGGAAACUAUGUGACAUCAUUGUCCACAUUCAGGGUCAGCCAUUCCGAGCCCACAAAGCAGUCCUUGCUGCCAGUUCCCCGUAUUUCCGGGACCAUUCAGCAUUAAGCACCAUGAGUGGCUUGUCAAUAUCAGUGAUUAAAAACCCCAAUGUGUUUGAGCAGUUGCUUUCCUUUUGUUACACUGGAAGAAUGUCCUUGCAGUUGAAGGAUGUUGUCAGUUUUCUAACUGCAGCCAGCUUCCUUCAGAUGCAGUGUGUCAUUGACAAGUGCACACAGAUCCUGGAGAGCAUCCAUUCAAAGAUCAGUGUGGGAGAUGUUGACUCGGUCACUGUUGGUGCUGAAGAGAAUCCUGAGAGCCGGAAUGGAGUAAAAGACGGCAGCUUCUUCGCCAACCCCAUUGAGAUCUCCCCUCCAUACUGCCCUCAGGUGCGGCAGCCCACUGCCAGCAGUGACCUCCGGAUGGAGGCGACCCCCAGCAAAGCUCUACGGAGCCGCUUGCAGGAGGAGGGCCACUCGGAUCGAGGGAGCAGUGGGAGUGUGUCUGAGUAUGAGAUUCAGAUCGAAGGGGACCAUGAGCAAGGGGACUUGUUGCUGAGGGAGAGCCAGAUUGCUGAGGUGAAGGUGAAGAUGGAAAAGUCCGACCGGCCCAGCUGUUCCGACAGCUCCUCCCUGGGUGACGACGGAUACCACACUGAGAUGGUUGAUGGGGAGCAAGUUGUGGCAGUCAAUGUGGGCUCCUAUGGCUCUGUGCUCCAACACGCGUACUCCUACUCCCAGGCUGCCUCACAGCCACCAGGGGCAUCAGAUGCUUUUGGAAGUCUGAGUAAUUCCAGCCCAUCCAGGUCCAUGCUCAGCUGUUUCCGAGGAGGGCGUGCCCGCCAAAAGCGGGCUCUGUCUGUCCACCUACACAGUGACCUGCAGGGCGCCAUGCAGGGGUCCGAUGGCGAAGCGAUGAUGAACAACCCCGGGUAUGAGAGCAGUCCCCGGGAGAGGAGUGCAAGGGGUCACUGGUACCCGUACAACGAGAGGUUGAUAUGCAUUUACUGUGGAAAGUCCUUCAACCAGAAGGGAAGCCUUGACAGACACAUGCGGCUCCAUAUGGGAAUCACCCCCUUCGUGUGCAAGUUCUGUGGGAAGAAGUAUACACGCAAGGACCAGCUGGAGUACCACAUCCGGGGCCACACAGAUGACAAACCAUUCCGUUGUGAGAUCUGCGGCAAGUGCUUUCCAUUCCAAGGGACCCUCAACCAGCACCUGCGGAAAAACCACCCAGGUGUUGCCGAGGUCAGGAGUCGCAUGGAGUCCCCUGAGAGAACAGAUGUGUACAUGGAACAGAAAUUAGAACAUGAGGCGUCGGCCUCAGAGAUGGCCCUAGAUUCCCGCAUGGAGAUCCACACAGUGUCUGACACACCUGACUAGGGUGGUGAAGACACACUCCCAGACAAAGCACACUAGUCAAUACCUAUUCGUGAUUCACUUUGUUGUAAUCUUUGGUUUUCCCAACCAUCUGGAAAUCUCUUGGUUUCUUGGCAGUUUUUCUGAAGUUCUGGAUGGAGCACUCCAUUGUGUUUGUCCUCUCCCCGCCCUCUCUCCCCAAGGAGCUCAAAGCAUGAAGGGCAACGUAUCCAGGGAAAACACAGGCUGACAGUAUUCCUCUUUGGCUGAACUCGUACCCCAGAUCUGCCAGUGAUUUAGCUAUGCCAACUGGUUGACCCUGUGUUCUCUGCCAAGAGGCAAACACUCUCUCAUUGUAGGCGCAUGUCCAUGGAGGGAGGCUAGGAUGCCGUCAGCUGAUACAAAAUGGGUAACCUUUUUUAAUUUAAGAUUACUUUUAGGGAGUAGUUAAACAAUUUAUAUAUAUAUAUAAUAAAGUGGUUAUUAUAUAUAUAGUAUAUAUACAUUCUCAAAUUUGAGUUUAUUCUGGUUGAGGUGAAUGUAAGAGGAAUAUAUAUAAUUUAAUACAAUGUGAACAGAGCUUUUGAUUCUGUCUCAUCCCUACCUAAUACAUUAGUUUUGCUCCUUCAUUUCCCUUACAGAAGAAUGUCAGUAAGUUUUCAUAUAUAUUAGUCAUUGUGUCCAAAAGCAGGCAAAGCAAAUUACAGUGUUCAUAGCUCUGCUUCCUAACAAAUACAUAAACCAAAUGCCAUAAAAUUUCUUCAACUCUGGUUGGAAACCGUUUGGAAUUUUUGUUUGUUGUCCAGCAGUAAGCUGGAUAACCUGUGGUGCUGACCUUUUUACAUAGUGUAGUGUUUUAUUAGCCAACCCCAAAGGAGCAGUGGUUUUCAAGGUUUUUUACCGGCCUACAAAUCUACCUUCAUUCCGUACUGUAGAAACAUACAUACCAGGUAACUAAAUCACUCUACUAUGAGUUAAUACUCGCACUAAAGGAACAGAAUUUGUAGUACUGUCUACAAAAUUCUCCAAUCAGUGUUGUAUUUUUUUGUUAUUACUCUCUUUUUCUCCUGUCUUUUCAAACAGCCAGUUCAGGUGCACAGCAACUUUUUCUACAUGCAGUUCCCAGGGAAACUGCAGAACUUGGAAUUUGUACUUUUUGUAAAGCUAUAUUCUAUGGGAAUUGCAAGCAAUAUAUCUAUCUAUCUUAGUAUUGUGUGUACUAAUGAGAGCCUCGGUAGCUCUCCCACUCUCUCAGUGUUUCCUGCUUAAAGAAACCAACAGUUAAAAGCCCUCUAAGAUACUCUGUAUGUCACCAAAUUUGUGUGUGUCUCACCAUCUUUGGUCACGUGGUGCUAUUUUUAUGUUAAGUAUCUUUUAGGUCAGUAUAGAUGUAGAAAAUGUGAAAUCUAAUGGUAAUAGUGAAUUACAAUUAUUUUCCUCUCUUGAGUUCAUAGCUUGAAAUGAGACCUCAAAAGCACGUGCUGGCAAAUGGGUCACUAUAAAAACAAACCGGAGGAGCCCUGUUAGAAUUUUGGGAAAUCUCUUCAGUUCACUGUUGUGUUCGCACACAUGGACAGGCUUCAUUCACUUUGUUGCUGUGGACUCUGGCAGAGAGCAAUUUUGAAGGUAGUUUACGGUGAGUCUUGCUGCCAGCCACCUGUGAGAUGUCAGUACUCUAGUCUCUCCUGAGAACUCUGGUCUGAAAUCUGUACCAUCUCCAGAGAAGAACAGCACAGCCACCUAAACAAGCAAACAAAAGCCAGGAAGGGAAGACCAACCCCAGAGGCUAGGUGCUAAGGAAUACAGAAAUAGACAUUUGCUGGUUUUCUAUGCUUUUUUGGCUCUUAAAAUACCAAGAAUGGUGGGUUUGGGGGGAAGUAGGGAUUUUUUGGUUGUUUUUAUUUUUUGAGAAAAAGAUGUCAUUCAAGCCCUUUGUAGAUAACAGCCCCGGUGGUGGCUGUGCAGUAGCACCUUUUUAGCACAUGAGAUCUGGUCACGUGUGAACUGCUCACUGCAUUUUAAUCUGCUGCUCCCAAGGAGCAGCUCUUGCUAAUCGGGUACAUAGUAUGCCUUUUCCUCAUAAGACUGCCUAAGUGGUGGUUCGUCUUCUCCCUGGAGCACUUGUCCAACUCCUGAUAAAGCCGCGUGCCUCAAGGGGAGGCUGGACCCCAAGUGUUUACCCACUGAAAUAUAUUCUGGGGUUUCAGGUAAAUGUUUGUGACUUUUCUUUUUCCUUACACGAAUAAGUUUGGUUUUGAUUCUUCUUUUUGAGAAUUAAAUGCAAAAAAUGUGUUGUGAUAAAUUUGUGACAAGAAAGGCCCAAAUGUAAACACAUGAGAAGUCAAGCUCAGGGAAGGAACCUCUUUUUCACUGAGGCCUGGGGCCUUCUGUGAGGUGUCCAGAGCUUUCCAUGGUAUGUGAGACAAGUGAGGAGGAAAGAGCACUUGGGGCAUCACCUCCAUGUCCUGGCUCUUGUCACUGUUUCUGUGUGACCUUACUUACACAGAGUUCUUGUGUUUGUAAACUUGUUUAGCUGGUUUGAGUUUUACCAAAGAGUGACUUAUCCAAAAUUGUCUUUGACAAAAAUAUACAUUGCUUUGAUUGUACGGUUCAGGUUCAAACAUUGUAAUGGGACUGUUAGGGGCAGAACAUUGACUGAGUUUCUAAUGAUCAUGAUUCCAAUGCUGCAAGUUCCGCUUGCGCCCAUUCGUGUUGCUGACACUUCACCCUCUCCGCUGCUAGCAGUGUUAAGAAUGAAUUCUCAAGCCAUAACACAGUACUGUAAAAUUCGCAGGGCUUCAAGGAGGCAGUGAGGAGGCCAGCACAGCGCUGUGUGGCCUGUCUGAGCGCUUGCUCGCACUGCCAUGCCUGCCAGUGGGCAUGGCUGGUGAGGGCCCCUCUGUUCAGACUGGUCAGCAGCAGUUUGUUGUGCCUUGCUGAUGAGGAUGUGUCGGAGGAUUCCUGUGACCUGGAACAGUAGCAUCCUCUCCCUGCAGUUCACUCCACAGGCGAAGUACGCUGUGUGACUCCUUUAGAGCAACUCUUUUUAGAAAUCAGAGUCCCUAUUUCUGUAAAAUUUUAGGUUAGGUGUUUCCUUUAUAACAAAUGCAGAAAUCAACUAAGAUAAAGUGAUAUGUGAAGAAAUCUUACAGUGAAAUAUAUCCUGAAUCUAUACGGGCCUGUUCAUAGUUGAGUCUCUUCUCAAGCUACCUUUUCAAUCUGAGACAAUGUGAAGACAGUGGCGGUGUCCUUUUCUACCAGUGCUAAUGUUUUGCACAAACUGUGAAGACCAAACUACUUCUGCUAACAUUUGUGGUUUUAAAGUUAUAUUGAUUCUAAUCAGUUCUCUGCCCUCUCAUUUCUACUAAGGCUAUAGAUAAAUUUAGAAAUAAUUUGUAAACACAGUACAUGAAGACAAAUUAAUUUCUCUGGUGAGUAGGAAAGGCUCCCAGUCUAUUGGCUUUGCCUUGCCAAUUGUUUUUGUUUGAUUUUAGUUUUCUUUUCUAAGCAGCAGAAAGGAUACUGUCGGUUCACUGUUAAGCAGAAUAUACUGUAAAACUAAAUUUGAUAAUUUUUCAAUCUUCCAGAGUAUGAGUGUAUGUCUCCUCUAACAUUCGCAGUUGUAGCCACCUCCUUGUUUUUCCUUGGCCCAGACUGUAGACCUGCAUAUGUUUGUGUGAUUUAGUCUUUUCCACCUACUGGAUCCUAGCAAGAACUUGCAGGAACACAAGCCCAGGGCUGGGGAUCAUCUAUGUGACUGAGCUUUACUUUGCAGAGAUCACUGUGUUUUGUCUUAACUGUUUCUCUUUGUUACUGUGAUUUUUUUUUUUUCCAUGUUGCUGUCGUCGUUACUGUUAAAUUCUAUAAUGGUUUCCUGUGAAGCCUCCACUGAAAGGGACUCAAAUAUGCAACACCUAACUAUUUUCCAAGGGCACAUGCCCCUUGAAUGGUGCUUCUAGACUGGUCAGGGUUAUUUAUUAAAUUUUAUAUAUGAAAGUAUUGGGGAAUUAUGUAAAUUCUUUAUAUGAAGCUAUCUAGUUCAUAAAUCAUAGAUUUCAUAUUACUCAGUGCAACUGAACUGAAAGUUCAGAAAAGUCAUUCAUGUUGUUCCAAAUUUGUAACGGUUGUCAUACAUCACAUGAGUCUUUUUCAGUAAGUGCCAGAGUGUUCCCACUGUUUCUGCCUAGUGCCUGACUUCUCAGCCCCGAGGAGAACCUGUUUUCUCUGGUUCCUCCUCGGGCCUGGCACGGGCAGGGCUAUUGUUUUUGAUCAAGUCCUGGAGUCGGCCAUGUGGGCUCUCUGUGUGGCAGGACACAGACCUCUUGCUCUCCUCAUGACUAAUAUGCUGUGAAUGCAACCUUGGGACUUGCUACCCUGACUAUAGUAAGAGGUAAACUUACCUGUCAUUUGAGAAUGACCAUUUUCUAAUGUGAAACCAUCUCUCUCACCACUUUAUUCGUAGGGCUAACAUUGUUUUCCGUUAUAAAUUGUUGAGCAAUUUGAAUGACUUAACACAGUGUCAUUAUCUUGCAAUAUAAACCGGUAACCUCACAACUCCACACUUCAUCACCAUGUGAAGUAAAUGAAGCUACCUAGCGGAUGCUCUUAUCAACUAGGAACUUGCCAUUAAGGAUUAUUUUAUAGCAUGGAUUGAAGACUAUUUAUUCAAAUGAUAUUUUACUCUUGUAUUCAUUUUGUUUUAGAUUUGUGACAUGAAUAUUUCAGUGCUGCUUAAUUUUGUUCUGAAUUCUUGUUUCUUGCUUGUAAAUGGCUUUUUUAUGGUAUAAAGUCAAUGGAAAUUGCUGUUUGUAAAUAAAAAUGCUGCUAGAGCACCCA